AUGCCACAAAGAUUUGGCAUCAAUCCGGUGACUACGCUGACAGAGUCCAACUGCGAUGCUCUCGUCCUGGUGUCCUUUACUGACAAGAGCACCUUCACCGGCAGCUACGAAAAGUACGCCAAACCGAUUGAAGGUCAGAAGAAGUACGAUGUCAAGUUCAACAAGGACGGCGGACUGAUGCUGCUGCCCGAGUCGCCCUUCAAGCGACUGGUCUACUCACCGAUCGGCCCGGUCAACCGCGACUUUGACGACAUCAGAAACUUCUGCGACGCAGCAGUGCGAGGCAUCUCCCGCGCUCUGAAGGCCGGCUCACGCAAUCCGCUGGUGGUGCUGCCCAGUGCCAGUGACAUUCCCGCCAAGUACGCCGCCCACUUUGACCUGGCCAUCGUCCUGGCGGUCUACCAAAUUCUCUACAUUCCACUGGAGAAUCGCGAGUAUAAGAGCGUGAAGAAGGUGGACUCGCUGGGUUUUACCAACUUUGCCAGCGCCGCCCGAGAGGCGGAGGUGCUCAAACUGGCCAACGCCAUCGAGUGUGGGCGAGCCGUGGCCCGAGACAUUGGCGGCUCCGACCCGGAGCGGAUGAGUGCGCCCAAGGUGGUGGAGUACGUGGAGGAGCUCUUCAAGGACACCUCCAUCAAGGUGCAGGUGAUCAGCGACUUGAAGGUCAUUGAGAAGGAGUUUCCCUGCUUAGCUGCUGUGAAUCGAGCCAGCGAAGCACGCCACGCGGCUCGUGUCAUCUUUCUCACCUAUGAGCCGCCGGAGGCGCCAAAAAAGAACCUGUUCCUCAUUGGCAAGGGCGUCACCUACGACACGGGCGGAGCGGACAUUAAGAGCGGCGGAAUAAUGGCGGGCAUGCACCGAGACAAGUGCGGCGCCGCUGCGGUGGCCGGCUUCUUUGAGACGCUCGACAAGAACCGCCCGAAAAAUUUGCGCGUCUUUGGCGCCAUGGCUAUGGUGCGAAACAGUAUUGGUCCAAAUGGAUACGUGGCCGACGAGCUUAUCGUCUCUCGUGCUGGAGUGCGUCUUCGAGUGGGAAACACCGAUGCAGAAGGUCGAAUGGCCAUGGUGGACAUUCUCUCGUACUACAAGGAGAAGGUGGUCACUGAGAACAUCGCCAAUCCGGAGAUGUUCACCAUUGCCACGCUGACGGGACACUGCUGCAUGGCCGUCGGCUUCAAUUAUUCGAUUAUUCUGGACAACGGACAGGCCCGGGCCCUGUCCACUGCUCAGCGCAUCACCGAGGCAGGCGACAGUGUGGGCGACCUCUUUGAGAUCUCCACCAUUCGCCGAGAGGACUUCAAGUUCAAUGAGGGCAAGUCCGAGUACGAGGACAUUCUGCAGUGCAACAAUGCCCCCUCCUCGCGAACCCCUCGCGGCCAUCAGAUUCCGGCGGCCUUUCUCAUUCAGGUGUCCAAGCUCGACCAGCACGGCAUCAACUCCGAGAAGCCGAUUGCCUUCUCGCACAUCGACAUUGCCGGCUCUUCGGGGCCGUUCCCCGGUGUGCCCACUGGAGCGCCCAUCGGAGCGCUGGCCGUUCGCUAUCUGGUCAAUCAAGACUGA